CUCCCCUUUUGCAUGAAAUUGUGGGAUUUUCUAUCUUUUAUACAAGCUAAGUGAGAAAGAAAAAGAGCAAGGUUUCUCGAGAGACCCUAAAUAAAUCCUUUCUUCCCAAAUUUGAAUACAUUUGUAUCAUUCAAUAACUUAAUCACAAUCAACAUGGCCUUAUUUGACCUCCACCAUCCAUGGCUCUUCGUGUUUGGAGUCUUAGGAAACGUUAUCUCCAUAUUGGUCUUCUUAGCUCCAGUGCCAGCAUUCCGACGAAUCUGCAAAGAAAAAUCAACGAUGGGUUAUCAAUCAGUACCUUACGUGGUAGCACUAUUUUCAUCGAUGUUAUGGAUGUAUUAUGCAUUUAUCAAGAAAAACGCCAUUCUUCUUGUCUCCAUCAACUCCUUUGGUUGCAUUGUUGAGACCAUUUACAUCACCAUUUUCAUUCUCUACGCAUCCAAGGAGGCUAGGGUAAGUUUUCAUUAUGAUGUACCUACUAUAGUUGAACAGGUUGAACAACGUGGUACAAUCAACUCUAUAACAGUUAACAGUUGUACACGUUGAUUGCAGUGGCGGAGGAAGGAUUUUCAUC